AUGACUGACCUAGCUGACCGCAUGUGCUGGACGCUCAAGGUGCGGGAGAAGGAGCUUGGAUGGGCUGGACAACGGAGGGUGACUGUGAGUGGGGCAGGGAGGGGGUCAGUAAGGGAACAACAGAGUCGAGGGGGAGGGUGUGAAAAUGCCGUGUGGCAGAAGCCGUCUGGCAGCCGCUGUUACAGCGAGCGUGGUGCUGGGACCCCGCCUCCCAUGUGUGAAUCAGACGACAACCCCGAUGCUGCUUGGUACGUCCCCAUGAAGGCGUGCCUGAAUCCUGUGCCGGCGUUCAAAGGCAUGCGGGCAGCGCAGUGGCCGGCCAUGGGCAGGGCGAGGCUGAAGGUGGUGCCCGCGUGGCUGCAGAUGCUCAAACGAGGGGUGUUUGGUGGGCCUGCUGUUGCUGAGAUGAAACGCGAUCAGAUUCACUGGAAGAAGGUGGUUGCCUUCUACGAUGCGUCGUUUGGCAUCGACUGGACCACAGUGCGGAAUGUGAUGGACAUGAACGCACACUAUGGCGGCUUCGCAGCAGAGCUGGCGGCAUCCAAGAAGCCCCUGUGGGUGCUGAGCGUGGUGCCCACGAGUGGGCCUGACUCGCUACCCAUCGUGUUUGAGCGUGGGCUGGUGGGCAUCUACCACGACUGGUGUGAGUCGUUCAACUCGUACCCGCGCUCCUACGACCUGCUUCAUGCUGACCAUACAGUCUCACAGGAGGUUGGCAGGUGCGAUAUCGCGUCUGUCCUACUCGAGAUGGAUCGACUGCUGCGCCCUGAGGGCUGGGCAGUGUUCCGCGACCAUGCUCGGAUGGGGGGUACCAUUCUCAACCUCGCUUCUUCCUUCCACUGGCGUCUCAAGUUCAACCAGACCGAGGGCGGAGAGGCUCGUAGCACCACGAGACGAAUUCGUGUUACGGCUGCGGGCAUUGAUAUUGAGCCGCGUGCUUCCGAUUGGGGGAAAACCAUGAAGAACUGUCAGAUCAUCCUGGGAUCGUCGUCGCAGAGCCGGCAGCAGGUGCUGCGGGAGAUAGACGUGCCGUUUGAGAUCAUGAAGCCAGGGAUAGACGAGGAGGCCAUUCGGAGCGCAGACCCCAACGAGCUGGUCUCCCUCCUCUCUCGUGCUAAGGCAGACGCCCUCCUUGCCAAGCUCAAGGCGGAGGGACGAACCUUCCCAGAAACUGCGGAUGUGCCGACCCUGCUAAUUACUGCUGACCAGGUGGUGGUGCAUGAGGAUCGGAUUCUUGAGAAGCCUCUGUCCGAAGCUGAGGCUCGGGAGUUCAUCCGAGGCUACUCGCGCGCGCCUGCCCGCACUGUAGGGGCAGUUCUCGUAACGAAUCUGAACUCGGGCAAGCAGGCAGCAGCAGUGGACGUGGCAGAGGUUCAUUUCCGACCUAUUCCCGAUGCUGCCGUUGAUCAACUGGUGGCAGAGGGCGACAUUUUUUUCUGCGCUGGAGGGCUGAUGGUGGAGCAUCCGCUGGUGGCGCCGCUGGUAGAGAAGAUGGUGGGGAGCAUCGAUGCAGUCAUGGGGCUGUCGAAAGAGACGACGAUAUCACUCAUGCAGCAAGUCACGUCAUGA